AUGUCUUCUUCAUUUCUUUCAUCCACAACCUCUUUUUUCUUUAUCGUUCUUCUCUAUCUGGGUUCCUUCCACGUCUCGGAUGGAUCUCAAAAAGCUACUUACAUUGUUCACAUGGCAAAAGCUCAGAUGCCCUCGAGCUUCGACCACCACUCUCUCUGGUACGAUUCCUCACUCCGGUCCGUAUCAGAAUCUGCUGAAAUGCUCUACACUUACAACAAUGCGAUUCAUGGAUUUGCCACUCGGCUUACUCCCGAGGAAGCCGACACGCUCAUGUCCCAACCUGGUGUCAUCUCGGUUCAACCUGAGCAGCGGUAUGAGUUACACACCACUCGGACUCCACAAUUCCUGGGUCUCGACAUACACAACUCCGGCCUGUUCCCCGAAACCGGCCCAUCUAGUGACGUCGUAGUUGGAGUUAUUGACACCGGCGUUUGGCCAGAGAGCAAAAGCUUCUCCGACGAAGGAUAUGGCCCCAUUCCAUCUACAUGGAAAGGCGGAUGUGACGCUGGAACUAGAUUCACAGCUUCGCUCUGUAACCGCAAACUAAUCGGAGCUAGAUUCUUCGCUCGGGGUUACGAAUCAUCAUUGACGGGACAAGUCAACGAAUCCAAGGAAUCAAGAUCACCUAGAGACGACGAAGGUCACGGAACUCACACUGCGUCAACUGCAGCGGGAUCAGUUGUGGAAGGAGCUAAUCUUUUAGGCUUCGCUAAUGGAACAGCUCGUGGAAUCGCUUAUCGCGCUCGAGUGGCAGUUUACAAAGUUUGUUGGAGAACUGGUUGCCACGACACAGACAUUUUAGCUGGAAUCGAUAAAGCCAUCGAAGAUAAUGUCAACAUUCUGUCAAUAUCUAUAAGCGGAAGUAGGACCGUUUAUACAGACUCUACAGCCAUUGGAGCAUUCGCGGCCAUGGAAAGAGGAAUCUUUGUUUCCUGCUCUGCUGGUAAUGAUGGUCCCUUCCCUACUAGUGUAGCGAACGUAGCUCCGUGGGUUACUACGGUUGGUGCUGGUACUCUUGAUCGUGAUUUUCCCGCGCUCAUGAUUCUCGGCAACGGAAAGAAUUAUACUGGAGCUUCUUUGUUUAGAGGAAAUGCACUUCCGGCUAAAUUGUUGCCGUUGGUUUACGCCGGGAAUGUUAGUAACAAUGCUACUUAUGGAAAUUUGUGUUUCCCUGGAACACUAAUUUCGGAGAAGGUAAAGGGGAAAAUCGUGAUGUGCGAAAAAGGAGGUAUCAAUCCAGCUAACAAAGGGGAGGUGGUGAAAGCUGCUGGUGGACUCGGAAUGAUAGUGGCGAAUACACGGAGUAGAGGAGAAGAGCUUCAGGCGUAUGCUUUUUUGUUACCGGCAGCCGCUGUGGGACGGAAAGCUGCUGACAUUAUCCGGAACUACGCUUUGACUGAUCCGAAUCCCACCGCUUCCAUUUUGUUCCAACCAACUGUACUCAACGUCCAGCCGUCUCCCGUGCUUGCAGCUUUUAGCUCGCGAGGACCUAAUCCCAUAACACCAAACAUUCUCAAGCCGGAUUUGAUUGCUCCGGGAGUCAAUAUCUUGGCUGCAUGGACCGGAGCUGUAAGUCCCAUCGGCAUCCCUUUCGAUCCUCUCCGUGUGGAAUUCAACAUCAUCUCAGGAACGUCCAUGGCUUGCCCUCACGUUAGCGGUUUAGCCGCUCUCCUCAAGUCGGUGCAUCCUGAAUGGAGCCCGGCAGCGAUUCGAUCAGCUCUCAUGACCACUGCUUACAAUACCUACAAAGACGGAAAACCGUUGCUCGACAUCGCCACGGUACAACCUUCAACACCAUUCGGACAUGGUGCAGGACAUGUAUCACCGACCACAGCCGUCAAUCCGGGACUAAUCUAUGAUCUAACGACGGUGGAUUAUUUAGGUUUCCUAUGCGCAUUGAAUUACAAUUCCUCGCAGAUCAAAAUGGUGUCAAGGGGCAAUUACACUUGCGACCAUAGGAAAACUUACUCCGUUGCUGAUUUAAACUAUCCUUCCUUCGCCGUUACGGUUGACGGAUACGGCACGUACAAGUACACACGCACUGUCACAAACGUGGGAGGAGCUGGGACAUACUCGGUUAGAGUUACCUCGGAGACAAUGGCAGUCAAGAUUUCAGUUGUACCAGAGGUUUUGAAUUUCAAAGAAGUAAACGAGAAAAAAUCGUAUUCUGUUACGUUUACCGUAGACUCGUCUAAGCCGUCAGGGUCUAACAGCUUUGGGAGCAUCGAGUGGUCAGAUGGGAAACAUGUGGUGGCCAGUCCCGUGGCGGUUAGCUGGACAUAG